AUGAGGAUUCUUUCUCCAGCCUUGCUGGCCAUUAGUGGUCUAGCAGCAGUUGCUUCUGCAUCACCAUUCUAUAUGAAGAACUUCGCCCCGGGGAAGAAGCCGAUCAGGAAGCCCAUUGACAAGCCGGUCGCCUUCAAGAAUGCUGUGCUUCACACUGAUCAGAAUUCGACUGGGUCAUGCGAUGCUAGCAGCACCCUAUCAACAACAAAGUCACCGCUUCAAAAUAUCUUUGCAGCGCUGACCGAAGAAGAGGCGGCCUCCGUGACGAACUGGGACAAUGUUAUUGUACUUGUGGAGCUCCUGCAGCCAAAUAAAUCCGAUGCACUCCCAUACCUCAACGGCGAGGGGCCAAAGCCAGACCGAUACUCAAAGGCAACAAUCCAGUUUCAAGCCACACUAGAGCCAUACCUCAAGGAAUUCAUGGUUGGCCCUCUACCAGUCUCCAACGAGACGACUUUGCAACCCUUGGACUAUCCUUUCAAUAAAGGUGUCGGAAUGCAGCGGAUCUACAAUGCCGAUCCGGAGCAAUACGGCAUAUUUCUAGCAAAUAUCUCCGCAUCAGUUGAAGAUAUCUUGAUGGAAAUGUUUAACGGGACCUACACAAACUCACCGGAUGAUCCCAUAACCAUUGGCCCUAGCGACCCCCUCUGGAUUGAUGACAAGACCGGCGCCGUCACCUCUUGGAACGAAUAUACACCAUCGCCGACGGGCAUGUACGGUACUGGCUCUCUCCUACGGGGCGGCUUGGCCGUUCGCACCGAUCUAACCGGUCGUGAUCCUUCCAAAUGGAGCGUGCUGGGGUGGUACUACAAUGGAGAGUUCUUCAAAACCACGGACGAAUUUAAGUCUGCUUUCCAUAAUGGCACUUUCGAGUAUUUCAAACCCACUCCCGAUGGAGACUGGGGUGUGACUGCUCCAAAUGCUCCCGCGCUCCCUCACGAUGAGAUUCCGCCGCCAGUGAGCGUCCAACCGGCCGGUCCUCGGUUUGGAGUAGACACGGAGGAGACCUAUAUUGAAUGGAUGGAUUAUUCAUUUUUCAUUGGAUUUACGCGUGAUACCGGGAUACGACUCUUCGACAUCAAGUACAAGGGGGAGCGAAUUGUGUACGAAUUGGGUAUGCAAGAGGCCUUGGCUCACUACGCCGGCAUGGGCCCAGGUCAGUCGGCUCUCUCGUUUCUCGACUCGUACUACGGAUUCGGCCCGAACGCUUUCGAAUUGGUCGGUGGUUAUGACUGCCCAGCAUACGCAACAAUGCUGAACACGUCAUUCUACUGGCGUGAAGCAAGGCGAUCACACCAAAACAGCAUCUGCAUAUUUGAACUAGAUGCGGGCUAUCCGGCGGCGCGCCAUACCGCAUUGAACUAUGUCUACGCGACCAAGAACGUCCACCUGGUCGUCCGCAGUGUAAGCACGCUCGGUAACUACGACUACAUGUUUGAGUAUGCCUUCUUCCACGAUGGAUCGAUCCAUGUCACAGUGCGUGCCUCCGGCUAUAUUGCGGCUGCCUUUUGGGCUGCCAACGCCGACUAUGGCUUCCACAUCCAAGACACUGUCUCCGGUUCAAUGCACGAUCACGUGCUAAACUACAAGCUCGACCUGGACAUUCAUGGCACAAAGAAUAGUCUGAUGAAGGUUGACGUCAUUCCCACAACAGAGAACUACCCCUGGGCAGAUGAGCCACGGAACACGAUGAAGCUAAACAAGUCUUUUAUCGCCACUGAGGAUGAUUCGAAGAUCAAUUGGGCUCCUAACCUUGCCAGCAGCUAUGCAGUAGUCAACAAGGAUACGCCCAAUAAGUGGGGUGAAUAUCCUGGAUAUCGAAUCUCUCCCGGAACUGCAAAUACAGCUCAUCUUACCAUCAUUAAUUCAACAAACCUGAAAAACAGUGCUCGAUUCGCUGAACAUCACCUAUACGCUGUACAGCAGAAGGACACAGAGCCUCGAAGCGCCUAUCCUUUCAGCUCACUGGACCCGGCUCGCCCGGUCGUCGACUUUGACAAGUUCUUCGACGGCGAAUCCCUUGAUCAGGAGGAUCUCGUGCUCUACUUCAACUUGGGUAUGCACCAUGUUCCUGACACCCAGGAUCUUCCCAACACGGUCUUCACGACCGCCCAGUCUACCGUGAUCAUCUCGCCGCAGAACUACUUCCUACAGAACCCCAUCCGGCAGACCAUUCAGCAGGCCGAAGUUGACUAUGAUCUUGAGACCGUGGUCGGUGUUCAGACAUUUGGCAGUGAGCCUGCUAUGUGCGCAUAUGACAUGUCGAACACUGCCGCAAACCUGAGCAGCUAUCAUGGUGGCGACCUCGUGGUCCGCAAGUGGCCAUAUGAUCCGUCGAAUCCAUUCUUCGGGAUGACGGAAGUUGAGACCAUCGGAUGAUAAACACGUGGCGUGCAUCAAUACCUCAAUUCAUGAUGACAACAUGCGAAUUAUCACAAUGCGAGCAGAAUAGAUAGAACACACAGACCGAACCUCGUAGUUGGCCGAGAAAGCCUCCGAAAAGAAAGAAGAAAACAGAUAGUUUGACUAAGUAGUAAAUAUUGCUC